AUGUCAGGAAUCUAUAGUAAUAAUAAUAAUAAUAUAAAUAAUAAUAUUAAUAUAAAUAAUAAUGAUAUAAUUAAUAUAAAUAAUAGUAAUAAUAUAAAGAAUGUUAUAGACCUUGGAUUAAAUCAAAAUAAAUAUUUAGUAGAACCGGAUAAAGGUUGUUUAUUUACGGCACAAACUACAUUUAAAAUCCAAUAUUCACCACAAAUUUCACAUGUCCUAACAUGUAGAGAAUAUACGAAAUCAGUCGAACAAUUAAAUUCAACAAUAGAGCCUUUAUUAUCAAGUUUUAGAUUAAACAAUCUUUUAUUCUUAUUUAUUUUAUUAUUCAUUCCAUCAAUUAUUGUCACAGCGAUUAAUGCAAGUUUAGGAAAAUUAUUUUUGCCUUCUGUAAUUGUUGGUGGUAUUUCAUUUCUAAUUAUAAUAUUUGCAAUAUUUAGAAAAUCAUUUUUACAUAGAAAACUUGUUCAAGGCAUAUCUAGAGAUAUUAGAGAUUUUAAUAAAAGGUUUCAAAGUCGUCAAGUUUUAUUAGAAUAUUUAGUAACUACAAAAUUUAAUCAAAAGAAUGGUAGAGAAUAUAGUAUUAGUUUACAUUUAAUUUAUCCAAUAAUAACAUUAACUCCGGGAAUGUUUUCAAUAAAUCAACAACAAGAACAACAACAACAACUACAGCAAAAACAACAAAAUAAAUCUCAAGAAUUAGAAUACCCACCCCCAUUAUCGAUUCAACAACAACAACAACAACAACAACAACAACAACAAACAGAACAAAAUUACUAUGAUGAAGAGGAUAACUCAAAUGAAAACUCUUCACUUUUACGAUUUUAA